AUGAUGAAUUUCGAUAAUCUCUUUCGACGUUUUAUAUUAACCCAAUCAUUUGUACGUGGUUGGGGAAAUCCAUUUCAUUUACAAGAAAUUUUUAACUAUCGACGUGAAAAAAUUGGUGAACAAAAAGGUAAUCAAAAUUAUAUAAAUGCUGGAUUUCGUUCACCACUUGCCAGUUAUUUAUCACAUUUGGUUCCAUCUCAAGUAGCUACAGCUCAUUUUCAACUUGUUCUAUCACGUGAUCAUCGUUUUGGUAUUGAUUCAAUUCCAAUAGAAAUUUGUUAUGCUGGAACAGGUGAUCAUGGUUUUAGUCGACGAAGGUUAUUUACUGCAGUCUCAUUAAUUAAUCAAUAUCCUAUAGGUUCAAUUCUUCUUGAAAAUCCAUAUGAUGGUUUAAGAAAACCACCAGAUCAAUCUCGUUCAUCAUUAUUAUAUGUCACCAAUUUAUAUAUCACGGGUGAAGUACUUGUUUUAGAAACACUUAUGCUACUUCAUUGGUGUCAAAAUAUGAAAUUAACAUCAGCUAUUCUACAUGGUUUUUCUCUUGGUGGACAUAUGGUUUCAUUAGCAUUUACAAAAUGGCCUGAUCUACCUUCUCGACAAUUCUAUGAAAAUAAAGCCUCUCAAACAUUUUAUGAUUAUUUACGUGAACGAAAUCGAUCAAUAGAUUCAAAUAAAAUUGUUCUCAAUCUUAUUAAAGAUAUGAUGCGUCUUCUUAUGGAUGAAUUUACAUCUUUAUAUAAUUAUUCACGUUCAGUUCAAUCAAAUAUAUCUGAUGCUAUGUUUAUUGCUUACACACAUGAUGGUUAUGUAUUACGUGAUGGUAUUCCACUUAUGAAUGAUGAAUGGCCUGGUAUUCAUAUCCGAUAUACUCCUCAUGGACAUGUUAGUGCAUUUUUAUUUAAUCAAUCAGAUUUUCAUCAUGCUGCUGCUAAAAUGUUACAACGACAAGAAUCAAAUGUAAAAUUAAAAAACACAUCUAAUCAUAUCACCAAUUUCAGUUACUACACCUAAAAAUUCGUGAAGAUAUAUAUUUUUUUCAUAUAGAUAUUUUCUCGAAAAGUAUCAAAUAUUUCCUAGUUUUUGUGUUAUGAUUUGAAUAAUAACUCAGAGAAAAGAAAAGUUUUGAUCGAAUAUAAACUAGAUAAUAUAUUAAUCGUUUUGUUUUUUAAAUAUAAUUUGUAUGACUCUGGUAGAAACAUGAGCAAACAUUUUUUUGUCAUAUUUAUCAGCAAAUAAAUAUUGAGAGAACUUCUCCAACUGAUAUCCUCUGUUCGAGCUCAUAAGUAGGACUCAUAGUUAUGAUGAAAACAUUAAACAUGUUUGUGCUCUUAAGCCUUUCAUGAUUGUUCUAUUAAAUUUUCAGCAUAUUGCAGGAUAUUAGCAAAAACAAACUGCAAUAACGAGUCUCCAUUUGAAACUUUCUCCCAAUAACAGAUCUUAUAACAAUUAUUACAUUCUAAAAGUUUUAGCUCAAACGAAUGGAUCCAAGUCAAUCAAUCAGACAGUGAGAUCAACCACAGAUUCUUGCAUGUUCAUACAAGGUCGUACAAUUUGAUUUCACUAUAUUGUUUGAUUCCUUUAUCAUAACCCAUACAUGUUAGAGUUCUCUUCUUUAUAAAUUACCAUACCAUCCAUACGCAUACAUAGCCAACAUUUAUAUUUUUGGUAGCAUAACUGGAUACAGAUUUAUCUAUAUACCUUUACGCAGAAUUGGAACUGGUCUUUAUCAAUUCUCUUUCUUUUCGCAGAUGUGAACGAGAAGGAAAAGAACAGCGUGUGCAUUUAUAUGAUCAUGUCCUUAAUAUCAAAUAAAACUUAGUUAUUACUUGAAAAAGAAAAUGCAUAAUGCAAAAUAGUUUGUGUUAACAACAGAAGAAUUACUUGAAUUUUGUAUUAUAAAAAUAACUUUAUAAAAAAACUGAACUAUUCUUUUGCUUUAUUCGUAUCUGAACAUUUUAGGUAUUCACUCCAGAAUAUUGUGUAGUGAACAUGAAGGCACAAUAAAUAAAUUUUAUUUUGUAUUUUCAUAUAAUUUUGAAAUUAUUUAUAGAAGAUCAAUGAAGAAAUGUAUUUCUGUAUAAAACAUACUCUAUUGGUAUUUAAUGUUGAGAAGAAACUAAAAAUAAACAGAGCGAAAAAGAAAAUAUUAGUUUUUUUUACGAUUGCAUUUUAAUGUUGAUUAUUUCAAAUAAUGAAGAUAGAUAUUUUUUAUUUGUACUUCAGGGUUUACAUUCUUGUUAAGAUAUAAAUAGCCAGUAUUGACAUAAUCUGUAGCUAAAAGAUAAUAAAACUUCUCUAUCAUUGAAUCACUGUUUAUUUGCUUGAUAUCACAAACAGAUUGACAAAAAAACACAAGUUUUAUCAAGUCUAAAAUGCUGAUAUUAUAUACUGAGGGUGUGGGUGUGGGUGGGUGUGAGUGUGCAAGCAUAUAAUACCUACAUCCACACCCAUACUCACACCUCACACUCCACACCCACAUCCUUGGUCGGAAGCCCGGUACCGAAAACCUCUGAUUGGCUAAACUUCCAGCCUGAAAGAAUCUGAUUGGUCGAAUGCCCGAUUUCGAAAACCCUUGAUUGGCUGAACUCCCAGCCUGAAAGAAUCUGAUUGGUUCGGGACGCCCGAUAUCGAAAAAUCCUGAUUGGCUGGAAUUUCAACUUGAAAAAAUCUCAUUGCAAAUUGCGAGAUUCAAUUUCUCAGUGAUAUGCAAGGCAGAGCCCGCACAUAUACCCGUAAUUGGAUAGAGUGUCCUUGAUAACCUUAGGAUCGGCCCGAACAUGGCUGGCACCUAUUCUAAUCAGAGAUGUUCGUCGCGGUGCAACCAUCAACACAAUCGAACCGCGGCCGUGGUUCAAUUAUGUUGACUGUAGCGCCGCGAUGGACAUCUCUGGUCCUGAUAAUAAGAAGGAAAAGUCUUCCUAAAAUCUGAUUGGCCCAUUUUUCAACCAAUCACAUAGCAAGAAUCUAUUUCUCAGUGAUAUGUAAGGCGGAGUCCUCACAUAUAGCCCUCAUUCGAUAGAGCAUCCCCGAUAACCCUAGGAUGGACUCCAACGUGACUAGCAGUUGUCUUCAUAUUAAGAGAGAAAAGUCCUCUUGAAAUCUGAUUGGUCCAUUUUUCGGCCAAUCAGACACCGGAGAAACAUACAAAUUUCCAUUGUGAAGACUCCGUCCUUUUCGGAUGGAGAAAAACGUCUACCAUUGAACUUUGAAGGCGAUGUUUUUUUGACCUUUGAAUCCGACAAACAAACAGACAAACACAUUUUGUGUUUUUUUCGUAUGACCCUCUCUUCAGUCGAGGGAAUAACUUUCGCUGGAAUGAAUGCCAUUAUAUAUCAGUGCAAUUCGAUGCAACACCUAUUACUACGUUUUUUACUGAUAGAGUAAUGAAUCUAUUAUAAUUUUUCCGUUUGAAAUACUACUAAUAAUAACUGUACCCAUAUAUAUUCACUAUUUUGUAUUUAUUGUUGUCGGAAUAAACAAUGAAUCGAAUAAUCUUUUGUUUAUUGGAGAUCAUUGGAACUAUCCGUAUUUUAUAGUAGAAACAAUUACAUUCUGUUCGUUUAUUCACUUUAUAUAUAAACAUAUACAAUCAAGUUAAAUCAAAGAAAAAAAAGGAUGUCAACAAUCAAACGAUGUUUACAAUGGUUAUAUUCACCCGGCAAUGUCA